GGCCUCCCUGCGGGCUCCCCGGGCGACUUCCCUUUAUAAGGGCGCCUGCUCCGCCUGCCUCCCGCAGACACCCGCAGGCGGAGCCCGGUGUCCGCGCCAUGGAGAUCAGGGGGGCCGACGGUGCGGGAGUCUUCCACGUCGGCGGCGAUCGCGCCAUGCCCGGAGGCGAGGAGGCGCUGGACUUGCCUGCGUGGAACCGCGCCCCGGACCCGGCCUGGGACCCCGACCACAGAAGUGCAACGGCAUCUCUUGAUUCUGAGGUGAAGGAAGCAUGUCUGAGGGAAGACCUGAAGUUCUACUUCAUGAAUCCCUGUGAGAAAUACCGAGCCCGACGCCAGAUCCCGUGGAAGCUUGGCUUGCAGAUCCUGAAGAUAGCCAUGGUAACCACACAGCUUGUUCGGUUUGGCUUAGGUAACCAGUUGGUGGUGGCUUUCAAAGAAGAUAACACUCUUGCUUUUAAGCACCUGUUUUUGAAAGGAUUUUCUGGAAUUGAUGAAGACGACUACAGCUGUAGCGUAUACACGCAAGAGGACGCCUACGAGAGCAUCUUUUUUGCUAUAAAGCAGUAUCAUCAUAUAAAGAACAUUUCCCUUGCAACCAUUGGUUAUGGAGAAAACGAAGACAACGGAACUGGCUUGAAACUCUGUAAGCGGCAUUACAAGACAGGCGCCAUGCUUUCUUCAAACGGGACCCUGAGUAUUGACCGAGACAUUGAGACAGAGUGCACUCACCUCGACCUCCAGGUGCUUGACAAGGAACCCGAGGUCUGGACACAGGCUCCCUUCUUCAGGCUGGCUUUCUAUCGGCUUGUGCAAGUUGAUAUCUCCUUUGCCCUCAAAGGAAUUGAUCUGCAGGCAAUCCAUUCCCGAGAGUUACCAGACUGUUACAGCUUUCAGAAUACGAUUACCUUCGACAACACAGCUCACAGUGGAAAAAUCAGAAUCUAUUUUAACAGCGAGGCCAACCUAGAAGAGUGUAAAGACAUGAACAUAUCUGGGUCUGUUCAGAGAAGCCCUCACUAUGUGCUGGUGUUUGAUGUAUUUGUCAUCAUCAUCUGCCUGGCAUCCCUUAUCCUGUGCACCAGGUCCAUUGUCCUCGCUCUGAGGCUCAGAAAGAGGUUUCUAAACUUCUUCCUGGAGAAGUACAAGCGACGUGUGUGCGAUGCUGACCAAUGGGAGUUCAUCAAUGGAUGGUAUGUCCUGGUCACCAUCAGCGACCUCAUGACAAUAAUUGGAUCCAUAUUGAAGAUGGAGAUCAAGGCCAAGAACCUCACAAACUAUGACCUGUGCAGCAUUUUGCUCGGGACGUCAACGCUCUUUGUCUGGGUGGGAGUCAUCAGAUACUUGGGCUAUUUUCAGACAUACAAUGUGCUCAUUCUAACCAUGCAGGCCUCACUGCCCAAAGUCCUCCGUUUCUGCGCUUGUGCUGGUAUGAUCUACCUGGGGUACACGUUCUGCGGCUGGAUUGUCUUGGGACCGUACCACGAGAAGUUUGAAAACCUGAAUAUAGUGUCUGAAUGCCUGUUUUCUCUGGUCAACGGCGAUGACAUGUUUGCCACGUUCGCUCAGAUCCAGCAGAAGAGCACCCUGGUUUGGCUGUUCAGCCGCCUCUACUUGUAUUCCUUCAUCAGCCUGUUCAUAUACAUGGUCCUCAGCCUGUUCAUUGCACUCAUCACUGACUCUUAUCACACCAUUAAGAAAUACCAGCAAAGUGGGUUUCCUGAAACGGAUCUGCAGAAGUUCCUGAAGGAAUGCAGUGGCAAAGACGGGUACCCGAAAGAGCCAUCAGCCUUGCUGUCCUGUGUCUGCUGCCUGAGGAGGAGAGGAAGCGAUGACCACUUGAUUGUCAUUGACUAAAACCCUUCUGCUAAUGUCAAUCACGUCUUUCUUCUGUGGUAGAGCAGAGGGACCUCGGAGGGAGCAGAAGUUCACUAAAAGAUUGCCUUUCUGAAUUGUGGAUGCAGAAGGAGGGGUGUCUGCCAGCUGCUGACCAGAAGUGACACUCCAAGUUACCUUUUAUAAACAUGGAGGGUGGAUAGGCCCCUCCUGCGAAUUCAUGUGAUGGAAGUUUUUUUUUUUUUUUAAAUGAAAUUCAUCUGCCGUCUGUGCCUUUGUGACAUCAGAAAGUUGGGAAGGAAAAAAUACUAGCAUGUCGGAGCGUGUAAGCAAUAUUUGAAGCCAGGUAAAGAUAUAUGUAUAUUGCCAGAAAAGUAUUUGUUUUAAAAUAUGAUCCUUGGAUUUGAAGAUAUGUGUCAAUUCAUGGUCAACACAGAAAUACCUUUGGUUUCAAUACCAAGCUGAGGCUUGAACCUGGAGGACUGGUAAACCGUGUAAGGCUCACGCUCAGACAUUAACAGAAGGACGUCUAGAAGAACUCAGGUCUUGGCUGGUUGUCUUGUGAAUUUGCCUUUGGGGCAUGCUAGCACAGCUAGUAAGAUGAGGUAGAACAUCUAGCUAUCUUCUCAGCUGAGCUUUCCUGGCCUGUACACCAAGGUGAGUGGCCACUUGGAGUGGCCACCUGUUUCGCGAGUCAUCGCCACUGUGGUGGGGAUUUACCUCUGUCUAGCAAGGAAAUGUGGUGUAUGUUUCCUUAAAUAAAUUUAUUUUCAUGAUGCUA